AUGCUCUUGGAAAGAUGGACCGAGUCGCCACCAGAAGAUUUCCUCACUAAGUUCGCUGUCUGGAUGCGCAUCAGAAACAUCCCGUGUAACUUCUACACGCUUGAUACGAUGCACAUGCUGGCUAAGGCAAUUGGCUUCGUGAAGGAGGUAGCCUAUGACCCUAAGGUGUCUCAGAAGGCUUAUUUUAUCAGGGCUCAAGUGAUUUUUGAUAUCUCUAAACCUGCAAGAGAUGAGAAAGUCCUCAACAUACUAGGCGGUAAAAGUGUCUACAUCACCUAUGAGUAUGAAAAGCUCCGAAAGAAGUGUUUUCAUUGUCUACGACUGACUCAUGAGAAGGCCCAGUGCCCGAUGUUAAAGAAACAACACCAUGCUCAUAGGCUACCAGCGUCUGCUCCACAACCUCCACUAAGUGAUACAGAAAAAAGAAAAGGCAAAGAGGUCUCUACACAAGAAACACUUUUUUUGGAAGGGCCACCUGGCUUCCCUCCCAUGUUCCCUGAACUCUCGAAAGAACAACAACAAAGUGCCAUGUUGUAUGUCUCCCAUGCUGACCCUACUGAGCGAAGAGCUAGAAUUGAGAGAGUCAAUCAAAGUAUCCAAGAGAAAAGGGAGAAAGAACUCAACUACCGCCCUGCCUUCACUACAGACUUGUUAAAAGGUGUCGGGAUGGUCCUCUGCUACAACAAAGAGGGAGAGCAACUUCAAUAUAUCUACUCCAAGGGAGCUGAGUCAUCUCCUAAGACAAGAUCCCUCCCUGGUCAGCGUGAGAUUGAUGAGGUCAGUUCAGGACAAUCAUCAACACAUUCUCUGAAUGCUGGAAGUCCUACGGGUUUCUGUAUCGGGGCUUCUAGCAAGCCUUCUGCUUCCGGGACUAUCAGUACUCAGAAGAAACCAAGGAACAGACCUCCAGCUUGGAAGAGAAGGCUCCGUCUACUAACUGGUGCGUCUACGAAGAAUGGGAACGGUGAAAAUUCAGAGAACAUAAGCGAGGGAAUGGCUAAGAGAAAAGCAACAUACUCGACAGGAGAAGGGUCUAGGAAACAAAACCAAACUCAAAUUAAUCUGGUGGCUUCCGUAUUGAAGCCACUGCCUCCCCAAUGA